GUCCUGUCUCUUUUUAGCUGCGGACCAUUUCAAGAAAGGAGGGACGUACAAAGCAGACAAAUACUAUUUUUGUGUUGUGCGCAAUUUUGAUCUUGUCGGCAUAAUUGUAUUUGUAUUACAAAAAAAACCAAAACAGUUUUAAAAAGACAGAGUCCGAGAGUAUUUGCGAGAUGGCCAAGCAGAUAAGCCAGCAGACGUUUGACGAUGUGGUGCGUGAGAACAUGCAGGAGUUUGAGAUGGAUGUUGAGGAGGCUGUACAGGACGCUGUGGAGCAGUUCCAGUCCCAGGGAGUCGGCUUGGACAAUAUUGUAAAAGAUGCCUCAAUGUAUACCGGGGGAGAUGGUGAGAAACCAGCCGUUCAUCCCGUUGUAGCAGCCCUCGAGACACUUUCACAGAAACUGAAGGAAUCUCCUUCUGAUGGAGAGAUAAUCCAGCUACUAGAUGCUGUCAGAUCGGAGUGUGACAUUGACUUGGCUCGGCGGUGUUUAGCAGGAACCAACAAUGGCAAUUCUGUGUUGAUGAAAGCGAUGGAUAAAUACAAAGACAACAGUGAAGUCCUGAAGUCUGCGUUGAAGUGUUUCUGUUCUCUAGUUAACGGACAGCCAGACGUCCUUGAUGACGCGGGCACGGAUCUGCUUUUGAGCCUUCUUGGCACUCACAACUCUGAUGCAGGCAUUCUCGAGCUUGUGUUGAGAGCCAUCAAGUUGACUUGUGUUAAACACGAGAAAAACAGACAGCGGUACGUCGAGAAGAAACUGGUUACAGAGUUGUCUGAAUUGUUGUCGACAUUUAAGAAAUCCCCUGGGGUCGUUAAAGAAGUUUGUGGCUGCUUCAGAGUCCUCACUCUGGAUGAUGAUAUUCGGGUUCCGUUCGGGAAGUCUUACGAUAAUGCCAAGCUGAUUGUUACGGAAGGAAAUGCUCUGAAAACAAUUCUUGGCAUUUGUGAAGAUUACAAGGAUAACAAGAGUGUUCUGGGUGAAUCGUUUUCUACUCUGGCCAGUCUGGCAGUACGAGAUGAAUUUUGCCAAACAGUCAUGGAACUUGGUGGAUUGAACCUCAUUUUAAAAACAUUUCAACAAAGUUUGAAAGAUAAGUAUUUAACAAGGCACGUGCUAAUAGUACUGAAAGCUCUGGCUCGGAAUGACAACGUGAAGGUUGCAAUCGUCAGGGCUGGUGGGGUGGAGUUCGUUGUGGAGGCGUUGAUCAAGCACCAGGCUAACCCUUCGAUAGCUGAAGCUGCGUGUGCCGCCAUCACCACCAUCGUCCUGCGCAAUCCGCACCAUGCUGCCAAGGUGAUGGCGUGUGGCGGGCACCACCAUGUCAUCCAGGCAAUGAAGAUACACAAAACCGAACCACAGCUGCAGAAAUCAGCCUGUAUGGCUCUGCGAAACCUUGUUGCCCGGGAGCGCGAGUAUUGUGACCAGGUACUAGCACUUGGUGCCGAGGAGUUGAUUAACGAAGCGAUAUCCAAACACCCGAUCUGUGGGGACGAGGCGAAGGCAGCACUCCGUGAUCUCGGCUGUAAAGUGGAACUGAAAGAACUGUGGAAAGGAGAGAAUCAUAGCAUACGAGCAUGAUCCUAAAAUGUAGGCGUAAAACGCUACACAAUGUUAAUCUGUGAUAAAAGUUAUUUAAAUCUCUUCUAUAAAAUUGGUAGGGCAGUUACCCCAGUAUUCGACCAGUACCUAGUAUUCGACCAGUGUAUUUAAUUAAUUAACAUACUCAUUUAAACUGAAUAGUAUAUAGAUUUUCUCAAAGUAUUUUGAACAUACGCGACAGGGUGAACAUUCUUUCUUCCAGAAACGCAAUAGCAGACGAUAACCAUGUGAAUGAACGUAAAUGUACAGGGAUUUACCUUGUUUUUCUGAAAUGGGGGUCCCUUGGACUCGCCUCUUUCUUUUCUGGGGGUCCCAACCUGAAAACAAAGGGUCCCAAAACCACACAAACGACAGAGAGCUGCAGACAACAAAUCACGUGUAUACUAUAUGUUUCAUUAAAGUAAAUUUAACAAGCUGUGUUGUUGUUGUUGUUUUUCCUUUCGGGAAAUCAAUGUCGGUAUUCAUUGUUUAUUCUUUCAAAAUCAACAUUUCACUUUGAUCUGUAUUAUUAUUUGAAUCAUUUCCUGCAAGCUAAAUGAUACUCACAAUACCAUGCGUUGUUUAUAAAUCGUGCUACUUGUAUGUUAAUGCAAAUCAGAACAUUUAACCAAUUUGUUUUAUUCGCCCGGGAAUUUCCGAUUGUGUUCGGCCUGUUGACGAGAAGUUCCGAAUGAUCGCAAAUCCGCGACCUCUUUCCGGAAAGUACCAACUUUACCCGAUUAAGCGCAGCAAAGGAUAAAGACACAGUGUUCCCAGAGAUUAAAACUUUUUGUUUUCGAUAUGGGGAAUCCCCAUUUGAAUACGCAGUUUAUAGGUAGAAAAGAAAUAGUGUGUUACACAGAAUGAUCGAUCUUUGAUAGUGGACAGGGUUACUGAAAAUGUCGGAUAUUUUAUGCGUCCCACAGGACGCAGUAUCUCUAUUUUUGCGGGUCCAGUUAAGUUUUAAUGCAUCCUAUACGCAAGUUUUGUGCGUCCGGUAAAUCCCUGAAUGUAUAUUCAUCCUCUAUAGUGAUAAUAUGAACGUCGGCCAUUUUUAUAGCAUGUUAUUACACCAUCCAACAUCCCCCGAACAUUUGCAAUACUUUUAAUCCAUUUGAAAUCUUUAAAAAUGUCUUUAAUGUUUUUAUGUAUAAUCAAAUGGAGCUGGCAAUGCAAUGUGACCUCAGUCAUUAUAAUUUCGAUCACGUGACCACGUGAUCAAAUAAUGGCAUAUGAUAGAGAGUUGCCCCAGUAUUCGACCAAUAGAAAAGCUUGAGGAUACUGUAGUGUCAGCCUACUACGGACUAUUAGAGACAUUACGGUAAUUAGAAAGACAGGGGGUCUGACGUGACUUCCGCCCAACACUCUUGCAUCGUGGCCGCUGACCUGUUAAAAGGUUACAUAAAUUUGAUGUUCAGUUCUCAACGUCUUGUGUCAGUUAUUAAUGUAUAGCAACGUUCUAAACAGAUACAUUCCCAAAAUAAACUCCCAAGAACCACAAAUUUAUUACUUUUAUGUCCUGUUUGUCAGGAAUUAUGCAAUUAUGUUUUCUUUUAUUUUCAGUCUAAUAUCAUUAUUUGUAAAUUAAGAUAGGACCAAAGAGACUGUUUAUCAGAAAGUAAUUGUGCGUGUGAAUGCGUAUAUAAGCAUGUGCGUGCGUGAAUGCAUGAGUAUGUGUUACAGUUGUUAAAAUCAACACUUUUUGAAUUUAGUUGUUUGAUAUAUGAUGCAUUUACUAUAAAAUAAACUUCAGAGUUUAGUUUUAUUAGUUAAUUAGAAAGUGGUGGAAUACUGGGUUAGCUGGUCGAAUACUGCAUACUGUUCCUUGCGGCACUCAAACUUACUCUAGUCGGCAUAUAGCGCAUGCACAAAACUUGGAUAGCAUUGCCAAUAAGUAUUUAUGAAGAAAAACAAAUAUUGGCAAAUGCCAAUAAAAUGAACCUGUUGUAAUCCUUUCUUAAGUGGUCAAAUACUGGGGUCGUUGCCCUACAUAAUAAACGAAGUUAUCCUUCGUCCCAAGAGGUUGGAUGUAGCUCAGUGGUAGAGCACUCGUCUGAGGUGCAAUAAGUUGGAAGAACAAUGGAAAGGAGAGAAUUGUAGCAUACGAGCGUGAUCCUAAAAUUUAGACGUAAAAUGCUACACAAUGUUAAUCUGUGAUAAUACUUGUUUCACUAGAUCAACUCUUGUAUAAAAUUGGUACAUAACAAACCAAACCACAUUGUUAACAAGUACGAUAAAUUACUCUUCUACCUUCAAUUACCAUUAGCUUGUCCAAACAUGAAAAAACUGAAUUGUUACAAUGACACAGAUUCAACAUGCUGGACUAUAACCAUGUCACCUGAACUGACUUCGCUGAGAUUUCCUGGGACAAAAAACAUGCAAUUUUAUAUCAAAUUGACUCAUUUUGCGUGUUCAUGGAAUCCUUUUCAAGAGGGGUACAUUUAUGAUUAAAGCCUGUGACCUGUCCUGUCUGUGGGGAGAUCAUAUAAAGAUCCCUUGCUGAUUUAUUGUUAGUAACCUAGACUGUAGUCUAAAAUGUGCUAGGGUGUUGUUGAACAAAUAUUCCUUUCCUUUCGUUGUACCAAAUAUAUAUUUUUCUUUAAAUAUUUUAUUAAGUAGGUUUGUUUGAAUUAGCUUGCUUUUUUCUGCACAUGUAAAAUGUGUAAAUACUGUAUGUGUAUAAUGAGUUAUUUUUUCCAUUAAUUUUUUAAUAAAUAUUUGUUAAAACCC